AUGCUCAAACUUUUAGCCCUUUGCCACAAACCCUAACUGGGCCACCAACUAAUUAUUAAGAGCAAUAUCAAUAUAUAUAAUAUGUAUCAUCCAUUUGUCGAUCGAUCUGUUGUGUUCUCUUCACUAUUUUCAUGAUCUUUUUGUAGCACUCCAUGUCUAGAUCAUGAUCAGCUAGAGCCCUCCUUUCUUUUAUUCUCCCUUUCUAUCUCCUGUCGCUUUUGCGGAUAAUAUAUACCCAAAUUUCUGCAAGCCAAGUUCAUCACUCAUUUUGAUUUUUGAGAAAGGAGGAUGGGACAUCACUCAUGUUGCAACAAGCAAAAGGUGAAGAAGGGGCUAUGGUCACCAGAAGAGGAUGAUAAACUCAUCAAGUACAUUUCAGCCAAUGGCCAUGGUAGUUGGAGCUCAGUUCCGAGACUUGCCGGCCUACAGAGAUGUGGAAAGAGCUGCAGACUAAGGUGGAUAAAUUAUCUUAGGCCAGAUUUAAAACGCGGGAGCUUCUCUUCCCAAGAAGAAGCCCUCGUCAUUGAACUCCAUAGAAUUCUUGGUAACAGUUUUUUGGACAGGUGGUCUCGGAUAGCCAAGCACCUACCUGGAAGAACAGAUAAUGAGGUGAAGAAUUUAUGGAAUACAAGCAUAAAGAAGAAGCUCCUGUCCGGUACUGAUGGCGCCGUUCCUGCUUUAGGAACCUUUCCUGUUAUUGAUCAGUACAAUCCUAGUACAGGUUCAGAUGAAGCUGGUUUCUUACCUCUAAAUGAUCCGAACCCUAACUUGAUCCUAAAAUCUCAACAAUAUCAGCUACAGUACUUUACCCCUCCAAUCACGAUGCUACGAGAUUUAGAUCAUCAUGGUGAACAGAACAAUAACUUUCGUCCCAGUACUUGGGUUCAUUUUCCAACUCUAAUCCCAUACUCAUCAGAUUCAUGCAGUAGUAUUACUUGGUCGCUAGGGUAUGAUCAUGCUCAACCUCAUGACGAUUCAGUAGUACUAAUUGAUCCCAAUCAAGAAGAAGAUCAUCAGAAUUUCAGCCUGAGAUCAGCACCAGCUCCGCAUGAUGAUAGAAUUGGCCUAAUUAUCAAUAAUCCAAGUAUCACAGAUCAACCGCCUGAUAAUAAUGCAACAAUAUUGGCACCCGAAAUGCCGGAGCUCUAUGAAAUCAUCAAUUGUGGCAUUAGAGUUGGUAGCAAGAGCGGAUGCACCUCCUUCACCAGAAAUUAAUUAACAGUACUGCGCCCGGCCACCGGCUAGACACUAAUGUUGAUGAAGCUUCUACUUGGGUCUUGUCCACGUGAUUCAUCCACAAGCUAGAUAUUCCAGCCAUUCAAACGGAGUACUAUAUACAUUAAUUAUUACAACGUCGUGCCAUCAUAUAUAUAGUCUUGCUCUUCAUCAUUGCCACCACUAGCAGCUAGCUAGGUGCAUAUAUAUGGAACUGCCUGCCGUUUGUCUCUAAGCGAAAUCUGUCUUCAAUCUGGGAAGUCUGGACAUGGUAUGGCCGUACUUUGAAUCUUUGAUUGCACUAGUAUAGGAACACCAGUGUACUGCAGUACUGUCGCUAGCUAGUUCAAGCUAUUUAGCCUAUACAAAUUAAAUAAUAAUGUGUGGGAUAAUUUCUUGACAUGUCUGUAAAUAACUUAGUACUAGCUCAAUAUAUAUUUUACUAUGAAAUACUCUGA